AGCCGGAGCCGGAGGUGUUACUCCACAGGCGUUGAGCUGAGCUGUGGAGUCGGGCGGCGGACCCCGGACAAGGCCCGGGCCAGGGGUCCAGGAUGCUGAACGUCCCUUCCCAGUCUUUCCCGGGCCCCAGCUCGCAGCAGCGCGUCGCCUCCGGGGGGCGUAGCAAGGUCCCUCUGAAACAAGGCAGAAGUCUCAUGGAUUGGAUUCGACUGACCAAAAGUGGAAAGGACCUAACGGGAUUAAAAGGCAGGUUAAUUGAAGUAACUGAAGAAGAACUUAAAAAACACAACAAAAAAGAUGACUGUUGGAUAUGCAUAAGAGGCUUUGUUUAUAAUGUCAGCCCGUACAUGGAGUAUCAUCCUGGUGGAGAAGAUGAACUUAUGAGAGCAGCAGGAUCAGAUGGUACUGACCUUUUUGAUCAGGUUCAUCGCUGGGUCAACUAUGAAUCCAUGCUGAAAGAAUGCCUGGUGGGCAGGAUGGCCAUGAAACCUGCUCUUCCUAAAGACUAUCAUGAGGAAAAGAAAGUCUUAAAUGGCAUGCUUCCUCAGAGCCAAGUGACAGAUACACUUGCCAAAGAAGGUCCUAGUUCUCCAAGGUAUGCUUUUUAUUCCACUUAUCAGCUUAAACAUAUAAUGAUAGAGUUUAGAAAAAAGUUUACUUUCUCUUUUCGAUUUCUGUUUAAGGAUAUCAAUUUAGAUUCAGUAAUAGUUGAUCAUCGGGAUGAUUCCUUUAGAGCCGAGACAGUCAUCAAGGAUUAUUCAUACCUUGUACAUGUUGCCCUAAGUCAUGAGAUUCAGGAAGAUUUUUCUGUGCUAGUUGUUGAGAAUGUGGGAAAAAUAGAGAUCGUCCUGAAGAAAAAAGAGAAUACUUCUUGGAAACGCCUUGGUCAUCCCCUGGAGAAUCAUAAUUCAUUUAUUCCAAAGAAAGAUACAGGUUUGUUCUACAGAAAGUGCCAGUUAGUUUCCAAGGAAAACGUGACUCAUGAUACGAAGCUCUUCUGCUUAAUGCUGCCACCCAGCGCACAUCUUCAGGUGCCAGUUGGGCAGCACGUUUACCUCAAGCUGCCUAUUACAGGUACUGAAAUUGUGAAGCCAUAUACACCUGUAUCUGAUUCCUUAUUCUCAGAGUUCAAGGAACCAGUUCUUCCCAACAAUAUAUACAUCUACUUUUUGAUCAAAAUCUACCCUGCUGGAUUCUUCACACCGGAGCUUGAUCAGCUUCAGAUUGGAGAUUAUGUUUCUGUAAGCAAUCCUGAGGGCAGUUUUAUAAUAUGCCAGCUCCAAGAACUGGAAGAUCUGUUUUUAUUGGCAGCAGGAACAGGCUUCACACCAAUGGUUAAAGUACUGAAUUAUGCUUUGACUAAUAUACCCAGUCUCAGGAAAGUGAAGCUGAUGUUCUUCAAUAAAACAGAGGAUGACAUAAUCUGGAGAAGCCAGUUGGAGAAAUUAGCAUUUAAGGAUAAAAGAUUUGAGGUUGAAUUUGUCCUCUCAGCACCUACUUCCGAAUGGAGUGGCAAACAGGGAUACAUUUCACCAGCUCUGCUCUCUGAAUUUUUGAAAAGAAGUUCAGACACAUCCAAAGUCCUCAUCUGCCUUUGUGGACCAAUGCCAUUUACAGAACAAGGAAUGAAGAUGCUGCAUGAUCUGAACUUUUCCAAAGAUGAGAUCCAUAGUUUUACAGCAUAAUGAAGAGCUGUCAUUCAACUGUUUAAUCUAAAUUUGUGAUUACUUAGGGUUUUUUUUAAGAGAACAUUUUUGUAUAUACUAAAAGGUUAACUAGAAUCCAAGUUUCAGUUUCUUAAACAAAAACAAAUGUUUCUUCACUAUAGAUACCUUGUGGACUUUAUUUUGUACCUUAACUUAUUUUACUACUGAUAUUUGUCCUGAAAAGUCAAUCAUGACAAGUACAUAUAGGAUUCUUUGUUAUGAAUCACAAAGUUCCUUACCAUGUAAACUGUUAUCACUGUUCUACAAUAAGCUCUCGUGUUUUAUGACAUGAUAAAGCAAAUGAUCAUUUUGAUCAUAUUUCUAUGCUGUACAAUGUCUUAUUAGCAAUACAGAUUAAAUUUUACAUUGCACUGUUAACUCAGGAAAUGAUUAUUUAUGUCCUUGUUCUUAUUAUGAAAACAUGGAAUGUUAUAACUUAUUAAGCGAUCCAAACAUUUUGUGUCUAUGGCCUUGAUACAGAGUAGAAUAAAAAUAUGCUUAAGUACUUUUUAA